CCUGGUGGUGCUGGUGCUCAAGUGUCAGCUGAUGGUCAUCACGAUGCUCUUCCUCAAGAACAAGGAGAUAAAGUUCUUCAGAAUCUCCGCGUUGAAGAUCUCGAGGGUCUCGACGAAAAAGAUAAUAGUCAUGGCCUUCUUCAACAGAGCAAACACUUGUUUUCUGUGGAGGACUUUAUCAAAGAUCAUGGUGGCUCAGGUUCAUCUGGAGGUGAAGAGGGG